UAAAUAUAAGAAAUGAAGCAACGAACGUAAUUUGAUUGUCAUGUUAAUUAAUUCGCUUGUAGCUUCAUAUACGUGUCCACACUUGAAUGGAAUGAUAAAGACGUACAUUAUCAUUAGCCGUAUGAUUCAGCAAGAAAUCUGUUAAAUGAACGAAAAAAACUAGAAAUGGGUAACAAUGACGAAAAAGACGAAUAUAAAAGAAAUUUACCAUCAUUCAAAGGAAUUGGAUCUCUAAAACAAGGAACAUUUAACAAAGACUUAAAUAAUGAAGAUAAAAAAAAAAACCAAGAAGCUGAAACCAAACGCCAGAAAGCUUUGGCUGAAAAGUGGGAUAAACUACAAAAUCAAAAAACAACUAUUGCUAAUGCAUUAAAAGGUGAAUCCAUUAACAAAAAGAUAAAAUUUGAUGAAGAUGGAAGUGAAGAAUUAGCUUCAAAUACAAUUAAGCCAUCUAAAAAAAUGUCCUUAUUUGAAGAUGAGCCAAAUGAAACUACUAAUGAAGAAUUUGUCUCAAAUUUUAAACUUAAAUUAAAAUUUGAUGGUGAAAAGGGUCAAAAAUUGUUUAAAAUGCAAACAACCAAAUCUACUGGUGAUAAUCGUUUCUUAAUGGAUAAACGCUUUUUUGAUGAACAAGAAAUGACUGAAAAAAUUAAUGAUAAUGAAAUAGAAAAACAAAUGAAUAUUUUAGAAGAUGUUGUUGGCCGAUCAUUAACUAAACCUAAGAAAGAUAUAAUGGAAGAUAGAAUGUUUAAUAUGGUAAGAUAUGACCCAACUCAAGAAGAACAUAAAAUAUAUAUUAAAGAUAAACCUGAUUUACCUAAACAAAAACGGUCAAAAAAACAAAAACCAAAAGUUGAAGAACAAAAAAUUGUUUCUGAACCAAUUAUAGACACACAAAAAUAUUUUAAAGUUGAAAAUAAAUUGAAAGAUGUAUUUAGCAAUGAAAAUCAAUUUCGUUUAACUAGUUUAUUUCCAACACCACAUAAAAGUGAAAUUGACAGAAAUGAAUAUCAAACAAAAAAAAUAACUAAACAUAAAAAAAUAUUAGGAAAAAAUCCUUUUAUUGAUGAUUCUAGUGAUUCUGAUAAUGAAGAAGAAAUUGAAAAUAAAGAUAAUACAAUCACUGAUAUACCAUCAGAAAAAUUGUUAGGUUCAAGAGGUGUUUGGAGAGAAUCAUUCUUUUUUAAAAUUAAUGACUCGAGGUUUAAAGAUGCUGAAGAAUUCUAUGAUCCUAAACACAAUAAAAAUACAUAUUCUGGUAGUCAAGACCCAAGAUUUAUAAAAAAACGAGAAUUACUGAGAGAAUUUUUGAAAACUAAAGAUAAAAGACACAGAAGAGAAUUAGGCAAAAAAAUGUUCAGUAAGAAAUUAGGAGGUACCCACAAUAGUUCAGAUAAAACAAAGAAAAAUAAAGUUAUCAAGAGUAAAAAGUUAUUCUCUAAUAAGAAUCACAGAAUAACUAAAAAAAAGAAAUUGAAAUAGUAUUUUAUAUAUGUUGGAGCCUAAUUGUUAAUUUUAUUUUAUUCAAUGGACAAAAAUUUGCUUUUUAAUAAAAAUAAAUCUAUUCUGUUUA